GUUAUUCUUGUUGUAUUAAGAUGGCACGUGUGCUCGUAGGUGUAAAAAGAGUAAUCGAUUAUGCAGUCAAGAUUCGUGUCAAGCCUGAUAAGACUGGAGUAGUCACAGAUGGUAUUAAACAUUCGAUGAAUCCUUUCGAUGAGAUAGCUAUAGAGGAGGCAGUCAGAAUGAAAGAGAAGAAGCUAGCUCAAGAAAUAAUAGUUGUCAGCUGUGGCCCAACGCAAUCACAGGAUACAAUUAGGACUGCGCUCGCUAUGGGUGCAGAUCGUGGAAUUCAUGUAGAAAUAUCUGGUCCAGAAUAUCAGACAUUACAACCUGUUCAUAUCUCAAAGAUACUAGCCAAGCUAGCCCAAGACGAGAAAGUGGAUUUAGUCAUACUCGGUAAACAAGCUAUAGAUGAUGACAACAACCAAACUGCACAAAUGACCGCUGGUGUUUUGGAUUGGCCAUCUGGGACUUUCUGCAGCAAGAUUGAAAACAAUAAUGGUGAAUUAACAAUCACGCGUGAGAUCGAUGGUGGAUUAGAAAUCGUCAAGAUGAAAACUCCUGCAGUUUUGAGCGCUGAUCUUCGCCUAAAUGAACCGCGCUACGCGACUUUACCAAAUAUCAUGAAGGCCAAGAAAAAGCCUAUUAAAAAAAUUACUUCAAAAGAUUUAGGAGUGGACCUGACGCCGAGAAUUGAGAUACUCUCUGUCGAAGAUCCGCCAGUUAGGCAAGCCGGUGUUAUUUUACCAGAUGUGGACACCUUGAUAGUCAAAUUAAAAGAAGCUGGCCACAUUUAGGAAUAAUUAAGAGAGAAGAAAAACGAAAAAUGUUUUAAUCUUUAUAUUUUGAUAACUUGUUUUGUAUAUAGCAUAAUGCUUUUGUACAUCAUCACAAAAUUUGUAUAUGAUAUAUAUAUUUCAAUAUAAAUUUGUACCACUGUGUACGCGCGUAUGCGUUAAGGAAAGAAGACAAAUGUAAUUAAUAAUAUAUAUUUAAUAAAAUUAUAUAUAUA